AUGGAGGAUAAACUUGAUGUAAAUAAAAUUGAAGAAAUAGCAUAUUCGGCAUUGUCUGAAUAUCGAACCAAUGCUCGUUAUCGUGAUUCUUUAAUUGAAAUGAAAAAAAUAUAUCGAAUCUUUGGACGAAAGAUUAUUAUUGAUACAACUGCAAAAACAGCUCAUGAAACUAUAUUAUUGUUAAAAAAAGAAUAUGAUAAAAGAAUUAGUGAAAAAGGUGAUUACAAUGAGGUAAUCGGUGAGGUUAAUGGAAUUAGAAUCAGUGAGACGAAAGAAAAUUAUGAUAACAGAGUCCGUGAGAUGAAAGAAUAUUAUGAUAAAAGAAUCAGUGCAAUGAAAGAAGAUCAUGAUACCAGAAUCGGUGAGAUGAAAGAAAAAAUCAACGAGACAAAAGAAGAUUGUGAUAGAAGAAUCGGCGAGAUGAAAGAAAAAGUCAGUGAGGCAAAAGAAGAUCGUGAUAGCAGAAUCAGUGAGACAAAAAAAGAGUUUAACAAUAUGAUUGAACAAAUUUUGAUUAAUUAUGGAAUUAGAUUUGAUAAAAAUGAAGCAUUAAAUCAAAAAAUUAAUCGAAUUGAUCAACUUGACUGG